AUGGGUGUGUGUCUUACGAUGCGGCAUGGUAUGUGCUGUGCUGCUGGCAGCAUGGUUAGCAACAACUACCUCUACGGACCUCUGCUAGACUACCUCUUUGAGAAGUGCAUCAACGAAAUCCUGUAUGGGUGCAUCAACCGCGACUUUGAGAACAUAAUGGUGAAUGGCAAUGCGCUCAUCAACCUGGCUCGCCACUUCUUCUUUGGUGACGGGGCGCUCAUUGCUGCGGGCUGCAAGGUCUACCUCACCGAGGUCAACGAGCUAAACAACAACGGCAUGUGGGACACCACUGCAUGGCGAAUCUAUGGUGGCAAGUGCGGCAAUGUCGCUCAAGGCUUUUCCGUGGUGGAGCCAAGCAAGAGGGCAAGGGUGGCCCUGUCGGGCAACUGCCUGACGCUCACCCCGAACAAGAAGUGUGUGUCCAACGCCACCCAGCGCAGCACGGCAGCCUGCCAGGCAUUCUGCAGCAUCACUGCCAUCGGCCCGUGUGACGGCUACGGGGCAUGUGUGCCGCUUGCCCCCGCCUCCCCCACCAACUUCACGUGCCUCUGCGAUGCGGGGUACACCACUGUUGACUCGGGCAACGGCUCCUCCACAUGCGCCAUCGUGCACUCCACCACCUACACCACCACUGAUCCGCUCUCGCUACGCCAGAGGCUGCGCCUUGCACAGGGAGCAGCAGAGGGCCUGGCAUACCUGCAUGGGUUUGACACUCCCAUCGUUCACCGCGACAUUAAGCCAGCGAACAUCCUUGUGACUGCCGACAUGCAAGCCAAGGUGGCUGACUUUGGGCUGCUCAAGCGCCUCACUCACGCUGAUGCUGAUGCCACUCGGGUGGCCAGCACUCCGGGCUAUGUGGAUCCGGACUACAACCGCACAAACCUCAUCACGGCCAAGAGUGAUGUGUUCAGAGGGGCUGAGGGACAGCAAGAUGUCGGCGGCAAGGAGGCGAUAGUGGACUUUGCAGACCUGGCUCUGGACUACAUCAAGUCUCCCGGCACACGACGACCCACCAUGAAGGAUGUGGCAUACCGCCUCAGUGCCCUCAUUGCCAAGCACUGCCCCGACAAGGAGGACGAGUGGGAGAGUGGUGCGAAGGAAGAGAGUGCAAGCAGCGACGGUAUGUCUUCAAGGGAUGUUUCUGUUGUUUCUUCAAGGAAGCGUGAGAGGUCUGAUGGCUCACAGUCUGGUGUGAGCUCAUUCAUGCACAUUGGCUCGAUAGGUGAUGGCUUCAGGGGUUGGCUGCAUUUGAAGCCAGCCAAAGGGCGUUAA